AUGGCUGCUGCUUUCUCAACCGUUGGAGCAGUUAACAGAGCACCUUUGAGCUUGCCAAGCUCUGGCCAAAGCUCUGCCUUCUUGGGCAGCAGCUUGAAGAAGGUCAAUUCUUCUGUUGCACCAAAACCAUCCUCAAGAAGCUUCAAAGUUGUUGCUGCACAAGAGGUCGAUCCAAAAAAGAAUGAGGACAAAUGGGCCGGUCUUUACUACGACCAGUCUGAUGAUCAACAAGACAUCACCAGAGGAAAGGGAAUGGUUGACUCCCUUUUCCAAGCUCCUAUGGACACUGGAACUCACAAUGCUAUCAUGAGUUCUUAUGAAUACGCCAGCAAGGGACAAAGAACCUACGACUUUGACAACACCAUGAGUGGAUUCUACAUUGCUCCAGCUUUCAUGGACAAGCUUGUUGUUCACAUUACCAAGAACUUCAUGACCUUGCCCAACAUCAAGGUUCCACUUAUUUUGGGAGUCUGGGGAGGAAAAGGUCAAGGAAAAUCAUUCCAGUGUGAGCUUGUCAUGGCCAAGAUGGGAAUCAACCCAAUCAUGAUGAGUGCUGGAGAGCUUGAGAGUGGAAACGCAGGAGAGCCCGCAAAAUUGAUCAGGCAACGGUACCGUGAGGCAGCUGACAUUAUCAAGAAGGGAAAAAUGUGUUGUUUAUUCAUCAACGAUCUUGAUGCAGGAGCUGGACGUAUGGGUGGAACCACUCAAUACACAGUUAACAACCAGAUGGUUAACGCCACCCUCAUGAACAUUGCUGAUAACCCAACAAAUGUUCAGCUCCCCGGUAUGUACAACAAGGAGGAGAAUCCUCGUGUACCAAUCAUCUGUACCGGUAACGAUUUCUCCACUUUGUAUGCUCCUCUUAUCCGUGAUGGACGUAUGGAGAAGUUCUACUGGGCACCUACUCGUGAUGACCGUAUUGGUGUCUGCAAGGGUAUCUUCAAAACUGACAACAUUUCUGACGAAGCUAUCAUCAAGAUUGUUGAUACCUUCCCAGGGCAAUCUAUCGAUUUCUUUGGUGCUCUCAGGGCUAGAGUGUACGAUGAUGAAGUGAGGAAAUGGAUUAGUGGUAUUGGAGUUGACGGAAUUGGAAAGAAGCUUGUGAACUCAAAGGAUGGACCUCCAACAUUCGAGCAACCAAAGAUGACAGCUGAGAAACUCUUGGAAUACGGUUUCAUGCUUGUCCAAGAACAAGAGAAUGUCAAGAGAGUCCAACUGGCUGACCAGUACCUGAACGAGGCAGCUUUGGGAGAUGCAAACUCAGAUGCCAUGAAGACCGGAAAUUUCUAUGGUUAGCUUCCUUCCUAUCCUAGAGGCCCCUGGUGAUGGGAGGCCAAGCAGCUCAACAAGUUGAUCUUCCUGUUCCAGAAGGUUGCACUGACCAAUCUGCGAAAAAUUUCGACCCUACUGCUAGAAGUGACGAUGGUACCUGCGUGUAUGAAGUCUAGAUAUGUGUUGUAGUUUUCAAGAGUUUUUGGCAAUCUUUCAAUUUCAGAAGAGAAACUUAAAGCUUUCAAUGUAUGGCUAAAUUUAGGAGGACUCCUUGAUUGUUAUUGUUAUUAUUAUUGUUGUUAUUAUCAAAUAUAUUAUCACCAAAUCUGUAAUCUUUUGUUGUGUUUAUA